UGAUAUGUCAGGUGAUGAAAGUUAAAAAUUGCAACUUCUGGAGUUGACAAACUGAUUGUUCAGGAAACUUGUUUCUUUGUCUACUUAAGAUUGAUUCACAUGUUCCGGAAUGUCCAUAAUAGGUUUAGCAAAGGGUGACUUGAAGAGAUGAGCCAUAGCUUGAAAGUGACAAGAUUUCUUACUACAAGAAUGAGUACAUUACAGACAAUAAAGGAGAUGGAUUUUGAUACCAAGGAAUGAAGACAGUGUUGAAGUCAUGGACGCUCAGAGUACAUUACAAUUUACAAACCUAUAAUUUCUUCUUUUUGAAAAAUUGAAAACUUAAAAGUGGUAUAAAUAAAGGCCACUGUAAUUUCUUUCUGAAAUAGCUUUAAUAGAAAAAAGCUGUUGUGUAUUUGUCUUAGGGUUCUUUUUUGUGUCAGCCAACCAAUGUCUCUCCCUCCACAUGUUUUUAUUUUCCAUUUUUUUUUACCUUUCUCUGAAGAAACUGUGAUGGGGUCACUUCAGUCAUUACACAAGUGCAAAGUCAGGUAUCUAAUAGCCAGCCUGGAAUUUGAGAAGUAUCUCAAAAGAAUUCCAACAAGUAGCCUAGUGUUCAGUAAAAAUCUUGUCUUUAUUUACAAUUUAUUUUUUUAAUCUUUCAGAAAACUUUCUAUUAUUUCGCACAUUAAAUUAGAGUUGUUUAGUUUAUUAUGAUGUAGGGAUUUCAUCAAAAUAUGAUCAUACUGUAAACAGUAAUGAAGUAAUUAUUAUGUGAGGAAUACUUAUAUACAAAUGGUCCUGUACACAAUUGACAUUUUAAAAUUCAACAUAACUCAAUGCAGUUGACAGUUUAAAUGCUUCAGUAGUUAUGCGCGAAAUUCAUUUAUACAAACCUACUAAACGCAGCUUUUACUAUGUGAGAACUUUUUUUUUUUAUUCUUUCCAUGUUUAUACAUAUUUUGCUGAAAUUAAGUUUUCUUAGAUUUCAACCAAACAACCCGUUAUACUGUUCCAACUUUGUACCAAACCCAUUAGAGAAACAAAGAAAGUGCUUCAGAAAUUGCAGAAACUUGUCACUGUUCCAAUUUUCUUGUCGGUUCACAAGGUCAUUAUUGUCAUUCUUACCCCACAGGAACAUAAUAUCCAACAUUAUUGGCGCAUAAGCAUUGCAGUAAAAAUAAUGCACCAAAAGCUACCUUAAAGUCCAUUCUACUUGCAAGAAUUGUUUAUAUGUUUUUCUUUUUCUUAUAGCUUACUCCAAAUUUAGAUCUUGCAAGUUAAAAAUUCCUUAUGUCAAUUGCCCCUAUUAGUAGUAAACAGCAAAAAAUUUCUCAAGAUAAUGCAAUCCCCACCUGAACCUGAAACAGAAGAUGAUACAAGAAAACAUCAAGCUUCUCUUUAAUGGCAAAUACUAAAAACUUCCCUCCUUUCUUCUUCUUCUUUGUCCUCUUCUGUUGCUGCUUCUUCUCCACUUCAAGUUCAAAUUUCGCACCAGAGAUAAAAGUGCAGCAAGACAAAGAUGAGCCAUAUGUGGGAGUGAACAUAGGUACAGAUGUUUCCAAUUUGCUUUCACCUGCAGACUUGGUUGCUUUUUUGCAAUUACAGAAGAUAACUCAUAUAAGGCUUUAUGAUGCUGACCCUGAUAUACUCAAAGCACUAGCUAAGACCAAAAUAAGAGUGAUUAUUAGUGUGCCUAACAACCAAAUUCUUGCUAUUGGGUCCUCUAAUACUACUGCAGCUGCCUGGAUUGGGCGCAAUGUGGCAGCUUAUUACCCUGAAACUCUUAUCACUGCAAUAGCAGUUGGGGAUGAAAUCUUGACCACUGUGCCAAGUUCAGCUCCUUUGCUUAUGCCAGCAAUUGAGUCACUUUAUAGUGCUUUAGUGGCUGCAAAUUUGCAUAACCAAAUCAAGAUUUCAACCCCAAAUGCUGCUUCCAUUAUUCUUGACCCUUUUCCACCUUCCCAAGCUUUUUUCAAUCAGUCCAUGAGCUCUGUCCUUUCUAAGUUAUUGCAGUUUUGUUCAAGGACAGAGUCACCUCUGAUGAUGAAUUUGUACCCUUAUUAUGUGUUUAUGCAGAAUAAAGGGGUUGUUCCUAUAGACAACUCUCUUUUCAAGCCCUUGACACCUUCUAAAGAGAUGGUGGAUCCUAAUACUUUGCUUCAUUACACCAAUGUGCUUGAUGCAAUGAUUGAUUCAGUCUAUUUUUCCAUGAAAAAUCUUAAUAUUACAGAUGUGCUAGUUCUUGUUACAGAGUCAGGAUGGCCUUCAAAGGGGGAUUCUAAAGAGCCUUAUGCUACAAUUGACAAUGCUGAUACUUAUAACUCGAAUUUAAUUAAGCAUAUAAUUGAUCGUAGUGGUACACCAUUGCAUCCGGAGAUUACUUCUAGUGUAUACAUAUAUGAGUUAUUCAAUGAGGAUUUGAGGUCACCCCCAUUGUCCGAGGCAAAUUGGGGGCUAUUCCAUGGGAAUUCAACGCCUGUUUACCUGCUUCAUGUGUCUGGAAGUGGUACAUUCUUGGCUAAUGACACCACUAACCAAACGUAUUGCAUAGCAAUGGAUGGGGUUGAUAAGAGGACAAUGCAGGCAGCUUUAGAUUGGGCUUGUGGACCGGGGAGGGCAAAUUGCUCUGAAAUUCAGCCAGGGGAGAGUUGUUAUCAGCCUAAUGAUGUGAAGAACCAUGCUUCAUAUGCAUUUGAUAGCUAUUAUCAGAAAGAAGGGGGAUCUCCUAGUUCUUGUGACUUCAAGGGAGUGGCCAUGAUCACCACAACUGAUCCAAGUCACGGGAGUUGUAUAUUUCCAGGAAGUAAGAAAGUAAGCAAUAAAACAAGCGAGGUAGUGAACGCGACACAACCAAGUGGAGCAAACACAAUAAGGUUUCUUGGAGCACAGACAAGUAAAUUUGACAAGAAUGUGCAUGUUUUAUUUGGUGUUGCCUUGUGCUUGUUUUAUUAUUCAUUGAUUCAGGUACAAUUAAGUUUUUUAGCUGAAAUCUUUUUAUUUGUUUAAUAAAAAAGUAGUACUAGUUCAUUGUGGAGAGGGCAGUGAUGUUUUGCAGAGGAGUGCUUAUGAAUAUUUUUUUGGGAGGAUCACAUGUAAGGGGAUUCUUUGAUGGACCUUUUUGUAAAAAGAAAGUUGUAUCUAAUGAGAUUCUUGGAAGUUCUUUCUCCUUAUAA